AUGUUGGAAUGGAUUGUUGAAAAAAAUUGGGAAACAUUGAAUGAUUCCAAGACAAGUAAAAGGCAAAUUUGGCAUGAAAUUUGCAGUAACUUGGAAGAAGCAGGAUUUUGUAUUCGUGGAGUUGACAAAAUCCAGACAUGUAAAAACAAGUGGGAAAACCUACGCAAGGAUUAUAGAAAUUAUAUAUCCAAAUUUCAGCAAACAGGAAGCGGUGCAAAUGAUACCCAAAAGAAGCCAAAGUUCUUUGAUUCCAUCGAAGCAGUAAUAGGCUCCAGCAAUCAUUCCUUUCGACCUCCUUAUGUGAGUGAUUCACUAUACCACAAUCCUCACAAGUUCAAAGUUGGUGAAGAUCGGGAAGGUGAAAUUAAAAAGACGGCUAAUGAUUCAAAUAAUUCGUCACUUUGUGGAGUUGCUUUACAGGAGGAACCUAAACCCCUAGGUAUAUCAUGCACUGAAAAAAACAACUCCGGUAUGUUGUCUUACAUAUCGGAUGAUGACAUAUUUUUGGAUAGCCUCGACGAAGCAAGCGGAUCAACUCAAACAAAAAGGAAGAGACCCAGCAAAGCUUCCAAAACCGACAAGGUUUUGGAAGUUUUCCGUGAGAUGCGUGACGAAAGAUCCUGUCGUCUUUUAGAAGAAAAAAAAGACAAACAAAAACGACAUGACGAAAGAAUGGAAAAGACGCAACAAUUAAUCGACGUAAUGAAAAGUUUGGUUCCGUCUUCCAAAAAAAAGAAAAAGAAAAAGAAGAAAUGCGGAAACAAGAAGACAUUUUCUUCCAACAACGAAAACUUUGAGUCAAAAAGAAAGCGAUCGCAUUCUGAUUCAAAAUCAAGUUCUUCGUCUGAUGAAUGUAGUUCUUCAUCAUCAUAAGUGGACGCCUUGUUUUGGCGUGAUGGCAUACAGUGCUUGCUAGUGUCCUAUUUUUUUUCUUCAAAAAGUGAAUAUCACUUUAUAUCUAAGAAACAAGAAUCAAAUAUUGAACCAAGAAUCGAAAUAACGACGUAUUAAACGUACCAAAUGGAUACAGGAUUACUUUUGAAUCAUAAACCGGAAGCUGCCACUACAAUUUACCAAAAUGUUGUAAUAAAAUGAAAAAGUAAUAAAAAUAUUACAAUG